AUGGAAGAAUCAGGGGUCUCCAGUCAGCUCUCAUCGUCUCCUACGCGAUUCCCAGAUUGCUGCUUGGCCAUCUCUAGCACCUUAAUUUCUUCUCUGAUUACGCUUCUCCCUAAGAAACCGGCAUUCACUCUCUCAAUAGGCAGUGGAUCAGGCCUCCUGGAGAGUCUACUGAAUGAAAGCAAUGGAAAAGUAUCUGUACAGGGAGUAGAAGUAGGUUCAAAUGUCAACCGACAUCUGGCUGAAGAAGAUAUGCAUGUUGUGGCCGGCACUUGGGGUCUCUAUUCUCUUGCCCAAGAAGCCAUAGCCUGGAUGUUCAUCUACCCACGCGAACCCAAGCUCAUCACCAAAUACAUUGACACAUACGGUGAUGGCAAUGUUGAGCUGAUCAUUUGGCUCGGGCCACGAGUUGAUUGGCCUGAGUAUGAGCUGUGCUUUCGGCAAUCCUCGUUCUCCGUGCUGAGUUUCCCAGAAAUCGGGCUGGCACAGUAUGAGAUUGCGGUGGUUGCAAGAAAGUCAUGA